AUGGGGAUUACUCCUCUCUCCGAGACAUACCAAACGCGCUACUACAAUGUGACAAGGAAAGAGGGCGAUUUCAAAUCCACGUGCCCCUUCCGUCUGUACAAGAACAUAAAAGAAAUCUUGGGAGUCACAAGUACAAUUACGAAGAGUAGAGAGGGAAAGAUAUGUAUUGGUAUAACAGGCAGAGAAAAGGAAGAAACUCUAAAACAACUAAAGACGCUUGCAGGACAUGAGGUCGAAGUUACCCCUCACCAAAGGUUGAACACCUCCAGAGGGGUAGUAAUAUGCCGCGACCUCAUGAAUAGUAGUGUUGACGUCAUAAAAGAAGGCCUUGAAGACCAGGGUGUGUUGGAGGUGAGGAGGAUGAAUACGCGCAGGAACGGACAAAUUGUCCCAUCUGCGAGCCUAAUCCUCACUUUUGACACACCAAUAUGCCCAGAGGAAAUAAGGGCGGCCUUUUACAAAUUAAAGGUCCGACCAUACAUCCCGAGCCCUCAGAGAUGCUACAGAUGCCAACGAUUUGGGCAUAUAUCCCUGCGGUGCAAGUCGCCGCAAGAGUUCUGUGAGUGCGGCAGGGAGGCUCAUCCAAAAGAAUCCGGGUGCGCUGACCCUCCCACAUGCGUGAACUGCGGCGGUUGCCACACGAGCAGAUCGGCAAGCUGUCCUAUCCUCUCGAAAGAACGAGAGAUUCAGAAAAUGAAAGUAAUGAACAGAAUGAGCUUUCGAGAGGCUAGGGCAGUGGUCGACAUCAAGAGCACUGUGGGGACGUAUGCCCAGGCGGCAGCACUUCCCACUCGGGGUGCAAAGGCCCCAGAAAAAAACACGGCGGCCCCUCCCUUAAAAGGAGCAGCCGUCAAAGCCCCCACUUCUAUGUUGGGGGCAAAACAAAGGGUGGCCGAUGCCAUCCAACCCCAGAAGAGGAUGGUGACAUCCUCUUCCCAAACGUCCCCGGAGAGGGACCCAACGGCGAUCAAUAAAAAGGCGCCGAACAAGCCGGGGACGAUCAUGCCCCCACCGAAAUUGCCGCCACCCGUGGCGGCAGCCACACCAUCGGGCGGUUCCUCACGCCUUAACUGGGUCACGGAUCUAGAAGCAACGUCUGGAUCCGAAACCUCUUCAACUGCCACUGAUGGCCCCGUCCGAAGGAAAAAGGGGUGGCAGAAAGGCCGACCCAGACCAAAUUUGCGAAAACAAAAAUCAAAAGAUAGCGAAUAA